AUCGCUAUUGGUCUAUUCACUGUCAUACAAGGCUACUAAUUUUGGAGGUUGUGAGACGCAAACAAAUAUCCAGCCACCUUCGUCUACCUAGUUGUUCAGCUCGCCGGGACGAUACGCCAAUGUGAUUUUAGAAAGUUAAGUCCCAAGUUCACCUAUAAAAAAAUAAUAUAUAAGAACGGGGAAACUCGACUGCUCAUAGACAUGAUCUUGUUACCCGAGCGUGUUAACUCAUUAUCUCGGUAUAUUUAUCAUAUUCAUUCCCUACCUAGUACCUAGGUCCUAGGUACCUACCACUCGUCCAAAUAUCGCCAAAAUGAAGUGCGCCGUUAUUACUCUGGUUUUGGCCACAUUUGCCUCUGCUCAGUCGCUCUCUGAUAUUCCCCAGUGCGCCCUUCCUUGCAUUGAUAGCGCAAGGACCAGCAGUACCAGUUGCUCAAAUAGCGACUACGCCUGCAUUUGUAAAAAUAAAGAUGCUAUAACCGGAGCUGCCACUAGCUGUGUCCUCCAAUCUUGUGGCGCCGAUGUGGCUACGGGCCAAGUCCUACCAGCCGUCACUUCUUUCUGUAUUUCUGUCGAAUCUGGCAGCAGUGGAAGCUUUUCGGUAUCAGCAUCAACAUCCUCAUCUUCGGCUACCACUGUGAUGGACGCAACAUCUACAAGUGCCAGCGCUACGGAGAUCACUACAGAUAACGCCACCUCCGGCGGCGAAGCACCCACUAGCACCUUGGCCAUCUCUGUAACCUCUGCAGCUUCCACCACCGUUAGCGGGAUCAACAGCACUGCCAGUUAUACCAGUAGCCAUUCCACUGCGGUUCCUGUGGCUGGUGCUUCCUCCGUAGCCGGCUCGCUUGUUAUGUUGGUACUUGGCUUCGUUGCUGCCAUGUGAGCUUAUUUUGGAGCAUAUUGAACAAAGUUUUCUUAAAUACGAGUUUUAUGUAAAGUUUUUCAAAUUCAAUACUCCUCCACCAAAAUAAGUCCUGUUCGGGAUAAAACGGAUUCAGAUUGGGUGGCGUUAAAAUACCUAUUUCAUAACAUGACACAAAGUACAUUAAUACCUAUCUAGGACCUAGGUACUGGUACUAAUUAUAGGAAAUAAAAGUGCGAUUUAUGGAC